AUGAAAGGAGAGAUAGAUUCACAUACAGAUGCUCAUGGCCUUCAUUUUGGCCUCUCCACUGCAGCCCGAGCUCCACAGGAGGAGGAAUCCCAGCCAGUGCUGGGUGAGCUCAGGGUGUCCGAGGUCACCUCUGACUCGGUGCAGCUGGAGUGGAGCGUCCCCGAGGGCACCUUUGACUCCUUCACGCUGCAGUACCGCGAUGCACAAGGCCAGCCCCAGGUGCUGCCCGUGGACGGGGGUUCCCGCACGCUGACGCUGCCGGGGCUGUCCCCGUCCCGCCGCUACAAGUUCAACCUGUACGGGCUGUGGGGUCGCACACGCCUGGGCCCCGUCUCCACCGACACUGUCACAGCUCCACAGGAGGAGGAACCAGCAUCGCAGCCAGUGCUGGGUGAGCUCAGGGUGUGAGUCACCUCUGACUCGGUGCAGCUGGAGUGGAGCGUCCCCGAGGGCACCUUUGACUCCUUCACGCUGCAGUACCGCGAUGCACAAGGCCAGCCCCAGGUGCUGCCCGUGGACGGGGGUUCCCGCACGCUGACGCUGCCGGGGCUGUCCCCGUCCCGCCGCUACAAGUUCAACCUGUACGGGCUGUGGGGUCGCACACGCCUGGGCCCCGUCUCCACCGACACUGUCACAGCCCCAGCUCCACAGGAGGAGGAACCAGCAUCGCAGCCAGUGCUGGGUGAGCUCAGGGUGUCCGAGGUCACCUCUGACUCGGUGCAGCUGGAGUGGAGCGUCCCCGAGGGCACCUUUGACUCCUUCACGCUGCAGUACCGCGAUGCACAAGGCCAGCCCCAGGUGCUGCCCGUGGACGGGGGUUCCCGCACGCUGACGCUGCCAGGGCUGUCCCCGUCCCGCCGCUACAAGUUCAACCUGUACGGGCUGUGGGGUCGCACACGCCUGGGCCCCGUCUCCACCGACACUGUCACAGCCCGAGCUCCACAGGAGGAGGAAUCCCAGCCAGUGCUGGGUGAGCUCAGGGUGUCCGAGGUCACCUCUGACUCGGUGCAGCUGGAGUGGAGCGUCCCCGAGGGCACCUUUGACUCCUUCACGCUGCAGUACCGCGAUGCACAAGGCCAGCCCCAGGUGCUGCCCGUGGACGGGGGUUCCCGCACGCUGACGCUGCCGGGGCUGUCCCCGUCCCGCCGCUACAAGUUCAACCUGUACGGGCUGUGGGGUCGCACACGCCUGGGCCCCGUCUCCACCGACACUGUCACAGCUCCACAGGAGGAGGAACCAGCAUCGCAGCCAGUGCUGGGUGAGCUCAGGGUUUCCGAGGUCACCUCUGACUCGGUGCAGCUGGAGUGGAGCGUCCCCGAGGGCACCUUUGACUCCUUCACGCUGCAGUACCGCGAUGCACAAGGCCAGCCCCAGGUGCUGCCCGUGGACGGGGGUUCCCGCACGCUGACGCUGCCGGGGCUGUCCCCGUCCCGCCGCUACAAGUUCAACCUGUACGGGCUGUGGGGUCGCACACGCCUGGGCCCCGUCUCCACCGACACUGUCACAGGUGAGGGGGCUCUGGCACCAGCCCCGCUGAACCGCCUCUUGUAGUGGACAGAAGCUUGGGCAGGGCCCGUGCUCGUGCCUUGGUCAGUGGAGGAAAGGGGGUGGGAGGGGAUUUGGGAUCAAUCCAUUGACUAUGGAAUCCCUGGUGAGCUUUAUCUCAAUGGAUGGAUGAAUGGAGAGAUAGAUUCACAUACAGAUGCUCAUGGCCUUCAUUUUGGCCUCUCCACUGCAGCCCGAGCUCCACAGGAGGAGGAAUCCCAGCCAGUGCUGGGCGAGCUCAGGGUGUCCGAGGUCACCUCUGACUCGGUGCAGCUGGAGUGGAGCGUCCCCGAGGGCACCUUUGACUCCUUCACGCUGCAGUACCGCGAUGCACAAGGCCAGCCCCAGGUGCUGCCCGUGGACGGGGGUUCCCGCACGCUGACGCUGCCGGGGCUGUCCCCGUCCCGCCGCUACAAGUUCAACCUGUACGGGCUGUGGGGUCGCACACGCCUGGGGCCCCCGGUCUCCACCGACACUGUCACAGCCCCAGCUCCACAGGAGGAGGAAUCCCAGCCAGUGCUGGGUGAGCUCAGGGUGUCCGAGGUCACCUCUGACUCGGUGCAGCUGGAGUGGAGCGUCCCCGAGGGCACCUUUGACUCCUUCACGCUGCAGUACCGCGAUGCACAAGGCCAGCCCCAGGUGCUGCCCGUGGACGGGGGUUCCCGCACGCUGACGCUGCCGGGGCUGUCCCCGUCCCGCCGCUACAAGUUCAACCUGUACGGGCUGUGGGGUCGCACACGCCUGGGCCCCGUCUCCACCGACACUGUCACAGCUCCAGCUCCACAGGAGGAGGAAUCCCAGCCAGUGCUGGGUGAGCUCAGGGUGUCCGAGGUCACCUCUGACUCGGUGCAGCUGGAGUGGAGCGUCCCCGAGGGCACCUUUGACUCCUUCACGCUGCAGUACCGCGAUGCACAAGGCCAGCCCCAGGUGCUGCCCGUGGACGGGGGUUCCCGCACGCUGACGCUGCCGGGGCUGUCCCCGUCCCGCCGCUACAAGUUCAACCUGUACGGGCUGUGGGGUCGCACACGCCUGGGCCCCGUCUCCACCGACACUGUCACAGCUCCAGCCCCACAGGAGGAGGAACCAGCAUCGCAGCCAGUGCUGGGUGAGCUCAGGGUGUCCGAGGUCACCUCUGACUCGGUGCAGCUGGAGUGGAGCGUCCCCGAGGGCACCUUUGACUCCUUCACGCUGCAGUACCGCGAUGCACAAGGCCAGCCCCAGGUGCUGCCCGUGGACGGGGGUUCCCGCACGCUGACGCUGCCGGGGCUGUCCCCGUCCCGCCGCUACAAGUUCAACCUGUACGGGCUGUGGGGUCGCACACGCCUGGGCCCCGUCUCCACCGACACUGUCACAGCCCCAGCUCCACAGGAGGAGGAACCAGCAUCGCAGCCCAUGCUGGGCCAGCUGACGGCCCCUCACGUCACCUCUGACUCGGUGCAGCUGGAGUGGAGCAUCCCCGAGGGCACCUUUGACUCCUUCACGCUGCAGUACCGCGAUGCACAAGGCCAGCCCGAGUCUCUGCUCUUGGACGGGGGGUCCCGCAGAGUGACAGUCCCUGGGCUGUCACCUUCCCAGCGCUACAACUUCUACCUGUAUGGGGUGAUUGGGCAGAAACGCCUGGGCCCUGUCUCCCUCGACACUAUCACAGCCCCAGCUCCACAGGAGAAGCCACCAACCAAGCCCCGCCUGGGCGAGCUGAGGGCCCCUCACGUCACCUCUGACUCGGUGCAGCUGGAGUGGAGCGUCCCUGAGGGCACCUUUGACUCCUUCACGCUGCAGUACCGCGAUGCACAAGGCCAGCCCCAGGUGCUGCCCGUGGACGGGGGUUCCCGCACGCUGACGCUGCCGGGGCUGUCCCCGUCCCGCCGCUACAAGUUCAACCUGUACGGGCUGUGGGGUCGCACACGCCUGGGCCCCGUCUCCACCGACACUGUCACAGGCGCCCCAGGGACCCUCUGGGUGGGAACCGUGUGGCCCCGCAGCGCCCGCCUGCACUGGGACCCCCGUCGCGUUCCCCCCGAUGGCUACGACCUUGUCUAUGGGCCCCCUGGAGGAGCCCAGCAGACAUUGCAGCUCCCCCCUGAGGCAACAUCCUAUGAGCUGUGGGGCCUGGAGCCUGCGGGGCGCUAUGGGGUGCAGCUACGGGGCCGGGGAGAAGAUGCCCCCCCCACCCUGCUGGAGACCACCUUUGACACCCCCCCCCUUCCCCACCCGCACCCCCGGGACUGCGCCGAGGAGCAGCUCAAUGGGCCGGGGCCUUCGCGCGAGGCCCUCGUCUUCCUCGGGGGGGACCCCGCGAGGCCCCUGCGCGUCUUCUGCGACAUGGACACGGACGGCGGCGGGUGGCUGGUGUUCCAGCGGCGCCAGGACGGGGGCACGGAUUUCUGGCGGGGGUGGGACGAGUACGAGAGGGGCUUCGGGAACGUGAGCGGAGAAUUCUGGUUGGGUAACGCCGCUCUCCACGCUCUCACCUCCUCCGGCCCCAUGGAGCUCCGGGUCGAUCUCCGCUCCGCGCUCGACGCCGCCUUCGCCCGCUACCGGGACUUCCGCGUGGCCGGGCCCCACGAGCACUACGGGCUGAGCCUGGGAGCCUACAGCGGCACCGCCGGUGAUGCUCUCUCCUACCACGCCGGGAACCCGUUCUCCACCCGGGACCGGGACCCCCGGGGCCGCCCCCGUCCCUGCGCCGUGGCCUACGGGGGGGCCUGGUGGUACCGGAACUGUCACUACGCGAACCUGAACGGGAGGUACGGGAACCCGAGAGAGCAUCAGGGUGUCACGUGGUUCCCAUGGAAAGGAUUUGAGUUCUCCAUCCCCUUCACCGAGAUGAAGCUGCGGCCCCAGCGCGACUGA